GAAACGACAAAGCCGAUAAUUGAAAUGAGGUCGAUAGUUUUAAUUUAUCGUACGAUUAAUCGAUUUAUCGUUUAUCACGACAGGCCUAGGAACACAUUUAUGAGGGUACGUGUAUAUUGUCUGAGAACGCCGAGCCUAAUAUGGCUUUUUAUUCCUGAGAAACUUGAAUAGAGCACAGCUCGUUGUGGUGUACUGAUUUGGAGAUGAGAUGCCUGAAGAUGAGAUCGUUUUUCUUUUCAUAAAGGAAUCAACAAUAUUUUCCCCCAAAGACGGGAUCAACAUAGGAAAAGCAAUUCAGUUUUAGAAACUUAGGGUUGCAGUAAUAAAUAUGUGCAAGUGCCUGAUUUUUUUUUCUGUGAAUUUAAAAAGAACAGACAGCCCCAUUGGGAUGUCACUUAGUUUUACUCUACGUUGAUUCACAUGUUUGGCUUUUAUAAGAACCCCUGAUCUUUCUGACCCCUGUCUCUUAAUUUAUUUGUGUUUUGAAUAGUAGUUUCUGUUGCAUCUACUUUUUUUUCCCAUCAUUUUGGUUUCAUGGUUGUAGCUGCAAAUGUUUUGACUCCUAUUUGUUUCUCAUAGGAAACAAAUAAAUUAUAUUAAUUUAUAAUUGCUUUAUAAAUUUAUGUUUUUGAGAAACUAACUCCUAUGUUCCUGAUCGGUUUGUUGAAGCUGUUUAAUGGUCAUACUUGUUUUUCGCCUCCUUUGAGAUUUGUGCCGUUUCAUUUCUUAAUAUUUUGUCAGCUUUUCUUUCAUCUUAAUUAAUUUCUUAAAUUAAAAUGUUUCCAGUGCCUUCUCUGGCCCAGGGGCUCCUCCGUCUGGUACCGAUACAACAUGCACAUGUUGUUGGGAUGUAUUUAUAGAAUUAGUGCCUUAAUGUAUGUUGUUGUAUGUCGAUUAAAAUCUAGUAAAAAACAAACAAACUGUGUUUAACUCAUGGUGCCAGUUUGCAGUGUUUCAUUCUGGAUAACAAAAGGUUAAAUGUGAGCCGCAUGUUUCUCUUCUGGGUUCUCAGACAGUCUGGACGUGAUUUCACCAUUUUUCCAAACAAUACUAAACUCCUUAAUGUUUCGCAGUGGAUACAGCUUCAUUUUUCCUUCUAUACGCGUAUAACUUUAGUGACUGUAUAAAAAAGCUCCAGUUUUAUCUAACUUAUUUAAAAGUGGUGGUUUUAAACCCUGUUUUGGCAGUUCACCACCUUGUUAAAUACUAGGAUUCCCAGGCUUUUCAAGGAAGUUUCAACAAUAUAUUUUCAAAAAUGUACCUUUAACCUUCUAAAACAUUGCACUUUUGAUACGUUAGUCCAUAAAAUGUUUUUCCAAAAGUCUUUGGGGUUUCUUCAAGUUGUUUUUAGGAAAUAGGAGUUGAGCUUUAGCUUUGUUUUUUGGUCAGGUUCAGGAGUGAUUUUCAGUAUUUAUGCCAUCUCCAGGUCUCCUUCUUAUUGCAUCGGGUUCUUUCGUGACCUUUUGGAUGAAUAGUCAAUGCGUGGGUUCACCGCUCUUCCACGUUUUCUCCAUUUGUGCUUAAUGUCUGAAUUAUGCUCAUAACUUGAGAAUAAUCAUAUUAUUUACAAAUUGCAAGGCAUUUCCGUACCACAACAUCACAUAACGUAAUGUUGAAAACUGUGAUGAACAACGUUUUGUUUUCCUGCCUACACCUUCACAAAAUAGAGGUUCAAGGUGUUUGGUUUUGUGUUGCUGUGCGAAGAUGAUUCGAAUUCAUUUAUCACAAAGAGACAAUACAGGUAAUCUGGAGCUGAACAGGUGAGUGCAGCUAUUGGUAAAAAUCCACUAAUGUAUGGAAGUACAUUUUUGCCACUUGAAGAAAAACAAAAGCCGCCGGGUAUGCUGUAAUAGCUAAUAAUUAUAAGAUUGUCAUUUUGACUUCAAAAAGGGUAAAUAUGUCACUAGCUCAAGUUUAUGAGAUUAAAAGCCAUAAUUUAAACUUUGUAAAAUUACUUGAACUUUAUAUGUCGACCUGCCCAAAAUGUACCCUGAGGGAUCAACAUCAGCCUCCUUAAUUGUAAGUGAAAAGUAAACUUUUCUUUAGACUACAACUUUGUAUCUCAUGUUUAUAACAUCAGAAGUCCGAAUUUAGAGUGUCAAAGGAGUCACAAUCCUGACUUUAAAAGUCCUAAUUAUGAUGCAUGAGAACCAGCUUUUGAAAAGUUACAGGAUCUUCAAUCAUAUUUUCAACUUUCAAAGUUCCCAAUGUGACCGCAAACAUUGUGUUUUAAUGCUGGGUUUGUUUGGCAUGAAUGAGCUUCCAUACAGGGUACAAUAAGGCACAUCACAAGCGGUCUGUAAAUAUACUUUAGAUCCGGGAGGGUCGUUUUUGUUGCUCAUAGCCACAGUAAGAUGACGGCGACGGCAGGUUGAAGCGGUGAGAAGAACCGAGCCGGCGCUGCCGCCGGGACGGAGGGACACGGACCCAACAGAAGCAGCGCGGGACGGGGACGGGGACGGCGCACCUUCCGCUGAGCGCAGAUAACUUCUCUGAAUAAACUGCUGAACUCCGUUCAUGACAAGAACUGCCGAGAAGUAGUUCUCUAAAAGCAAUGCACCUCCUGCAGCGGAUGUGGUCCCGCCUGCUGAUCGGCCAUCCUACCCACCAGCUCCGCGGGUUCAGGUCCAGUACCAGUUCACCCAGUCCAGAGGAGGAGAGCUGCUGGGAGCCAUCAGUUAAAUAACAAACACACUUAAGAAAAGUCGUCUCAAACCUGUGGAAGUCGAUCAGCUUCAGCGUGAAUCAGUUGAAUUCGUCUCCAAAGACUGAAUAACAAUGCUGAUGUUCUCCUGCACUGGAAGCUGACAACGACCUCCAGACAUGAGACCAAGAGUGAACUCCAACUCUCUGAUUUUCCUGGUGCUCCUGCAGGGGGCAGGAGUGGUGAUGUUCUGCAACUGGUACUACGAACUUAGCCCUUGUGACUCCCCUCCUGCUGACCCCAAAGUUCACGUUUUGCUGCUGUCGUCGUGGCGAUCGGGCUCAUCCUUCCUGGGUCAGGUGUUUAGCCAGCACCCGUCUGUUUUCUAUUUCAUGGAGCCCGCGUGGCACGUGUGGAGCACAAUGAGGACUUAUGGUGCGAAGACUCUCCGGAUGGCUGUGAGGGAUCUAAUGCGGAGCGUGUUCCAGUGUGACUUCUCAGUGAUGGACUCCUACAUGUCAGAAAAUCGCAACACCUCCUCCUUCUUUAUGUGGUAUCAGAGUCGGGCACUGUGCUCGCCGCCAGUCUGUUCCCUCACACCAUUUGGUCAGAUAAGCAACGUGAAAGAGUGCCAAAAGGAAUGCCAUGGUCUAGAUUUUGAGAAGGCGACAAAUUCCUGCCAAAUUUACAGCCAUGUGGUGUUAAAAGAAACUAGAUUUUUUGAGCUGGAAUCCCUUUAUCCUCUCUUUCAAGACCCCAAUCUUGACCUACGCAUUGUUCAUCUUAUCCGAGAUCCUCGGGCUGUGUACAGGUCCAGAGAGGAGUCAGCUUUAUCCUUUAAGAUGGACAACGCCAUCAUCUUGGAGCACAGAGAUGUACCAGAAGCCGAGGAGCAGUUUCAAGUCAUGAAGAAAAUCUGCCAGAGUCACAUCCGGAUCAACGAAACAGCCACCCAGGACCCUCCUGCAUUCCUCAAGGGUCGCUACAAGCUGGUUCGCUACGAAGAUGUGACACGCCACCCGCUUCAGGAGAUCAGUGAUAUUUAUGACUUUGUAGGUUUAAAGAUGACCAAAGAGAUGGAGGACUGGAUAGUCACGAUGACCCACGGAAAGGGGAAAGGCAACCUGAAUAAUGCUUUCGAGGUUAUCCCCAGAAACGCUGCCCAAGUGUCCCAGGCUUGGCGCAGCACGCUGCCGUUCAACAAGGUCAAACGCAUUCAGGAGGUGUGUAAAGAGGCCAUGUCAAUGCUUCGCUACAAGGCAGUUAACAGUGAAGAAGAGCAGAAGAGACUUGACAUGGAUCUGUACAUGCCGGAAGGACCGAAAGGCUUUGCUUGGGCAUCGGGUAAAUUACGGAGCCAUUAAAACAUUCAAGGUUUAAUGAAUGAAGCACUUUUCUGUGCUCUGUAUUUCACUGCAUGGGCUGACUAAAUUAUUCUGUUGUCUUCUGCUGUGGAUUAAAGUAUUUAUAUUAUAAUGUGCAAUUCUCAGGAAGUAUCAUUAUUAUUAUUAAUGUUAUUAUUAUUAUUUGCUUGUUUUAUCUGAAUCAAAAUAGAGCAAAUUGUCUUUAGAAGCUCUUCAGAUUGUAAGCAUAUAUAUUUAAAAACAGGACUUGUUAAAACAGUCGCUCAACUAUGAGAUGCAAAUGUUUUUCCAAAGACACGGAUAAUUCGGUCCUAAAGCGAGGCUACUUUGAAUGAACAAAUUCUUGAAUUGUUGUUUGUGAGUAUAUGAAUUAAGGUUGUUAGUAAUUUAACUUUCCUUUUGUUUGUUUUGCUUUUUACUUAAAUGAACCAGUAACAGAUCAUAGAUGAUAGAACCUUCAUGCAGUCUGUAGACGUAUUAAAUAAAAUGUAUUUUAAUUUAAUUUAACUGUAUUCUUUAUAACCAGAGCAGACAGGAUCUUCUUGUUUCGACACUGAACUUACUUCGCUGUGAACAAAAUGUGUCUCUGAUGCUUCAGUGGAUAUAUGUCACUUAACAGACUUAAUCGGCACUAAACAUGUUUUUGCUUUUAUUUGAGAUUUUACGUUUUGCAUCUCGCCCACCAUUUUUCAGAUUUUUGGUGUUUUUACUGUUUUGAUUGACUUUUUGUCUAUUUUAGUUAUCUUUAGGCAUCUGUCUUUCAGUGUAUUUUUCUUUGAUCCCUUUGACUUUUUUUUUAAAAUCACAUGGCAACAUUUUUAAACAGGGUUUGGCAAACGUAAUGGAAUCCAUUAAAAAUCGUAGAUGUUCAUCUUAGUUGGAAAAGCCUGGGGAUUCUGUAAUGCUUAUUCCACAUUGUGCCUGGAUGUGUUUGCUUAAAUACAAUG